AUGGCUACCACACGCUUACCCUUUCUAUUUCGCUCACUUCCCACACGAGCCCCCGCUAGAUGGCCCAAAACCCUCAUCCCCGCAGUACGGACGCUGGCGACGACUAAGCAUCCGAAGGGCUUUGUGCCUCCUUCUGAGGAUGACCUAGUAGAGCUCCGAGAAAGAGUCCAGGAAUUCACCCGGCGCGAAAUUCCCGAAGCGGUCGCCGCACAGACAGACGCACAGAAUGAGUUCCCAGCAGAUAUGUGGAAGAAAUUGGGCGACGCAGGGUUCCUGGGAGUAACAGCAGACGAAGAAUACGGCGGUCUAGGAAUGGGCUACCAAGCACAUUGUAUAGUAAUGGAAGAAAUGAGCCGCGCAUCGGGAAGCAUUGCUCUCUCAUACGCAGCUCACUCCCAACUCUGCGUAAAUCAACUCUCCCUCAACGCAACCUCAGAGCAAAAAGAACGGUUCCUUCCUGGUCUACUAUCCGGUGAGAAAGUCGGCGCAUUGGCCAUGUCAGAGCAUUCAGCCGGUUCGGACGUCGUGAGCAUGAAGACAACUGCUAAGGCAGUUGAUGGCGGGUGGGUGUUGAACGGCACCAAGAUGUGGAUUACCAACGGCCCCAAUGCAGACUUCAUCAUCGUCUACGCCAAAACAGAGCCCGAGAAAGGAUCCAAGGGAAUCAGCGCCUUCGUCGUCGAAAAAACAUUCCAAGGCUUCUCUUGCGCGCGCAAACUCGACAAGCUAGGAAUGCGCGGGUCCAACACCGGCGAACUCAUCUUCGAGGAUGUCUUUGUUCCAGAGAAGAACCUGCUUGGAGAAAUCAACCGCGGAGUGAAGGUUCUGAUGGAAGGUCUCGAUCUGGAGCGGCUUGUUCUCAGCGCAGGUCCGCUAGGAAUCAUGCAAGCCGCCCUCGACCUCGUCCUACCCUACACCCAUGUGCGCAAACAAUUCGGUACCCCCAUCGCCCAUAACCAGUUAAUCCAGGGCAAACUGGCAGACAUGUACACCAAGCUUGCGGCCUCGCGCAGCUACACGUACGCCACGGCCCGACAUGUCGAUAACUCGUUCGCCCUGGGAGCAGGAGCAAUCCGGACCCAGGACUGUGCGGGAGCAAUCCUCUAUGCAGCCGAGAGAGCCACGGAAUGCGCUCUUGAUGCGAUCCAACUAAUGGGUGGAAACGGGUAUAUCAACGAGAUCCCUGCAGGCAGACUCCUCCGGGACGCCAAGCUCUACGAAAUCGGUGCAGGGACGAGUGAAAUCAGACGCAUCGUGAUCGGGCGAGCCUUUAACAAGGAAUACGCCCAAUGAUUUUUUUUUUUUUUUUUGCUUCUUGAUCGGGUGCGCUGGUAAGAAUAGAUUAUCAUUUUGAAUGGUGUCAUAAUUACAAUGUCUUCUUUUCCUAGAGGUCUAAGAAUACAUAGGGGUCGGAUAGGAUAGGAUAGGAUCUUUUCGUGGAGUCCAAGAAGCCAUGAUGGGAAACUCAUAAUUCAUGCAAUCUUUUUUUUUUUUUUUUUGCAAGU